AUGAAAUCCCAACUACAACGCCGAGAGCGCGACGAGUUCUACGUUGCCUACAAGCGCAUGCGGACGUCCUACGAAAACGCAGUCGAGGUGAUGAACGACCUCCACCGUCAAAUUUCAGCUCAAGAAACAGAAAUUCGAGAAUUACGGCAAGCUCGAUCUGCACAAGAUGACCAAGAUGUACAAGAUAACCAAGAUGACCAGGAUGGCCAAGAAGACCAAGAUGAACCUCGCCAGCCCCAACCCUACGGCACGACAAUCGCGGACCUCUUCGGGGACACGAGCAGCGAGAGCAGCGAGGACUCGGACGUGCCGCAAAUGGAGGAUAGUUCUUCCACGGACCAUGCUGAAGGAGACGAGCACGACGUUGAAGAAGCGGAAGAUGGCGGCGAUGAAGAAGAGGCCAACAGCGACACCGACCGUGGCGACGACAGUGAUAUCAUGUGGAGCGAUGACGACAGUACCGGCUUCUGCCGAGUUCACCAGACCAUGGUGACUUGUCGGACCCCGAUAGGCACCGCUUAA